UGUCGCUUGAAGCACGUGGGGUGGAAGCUUCGUCGUUCGUGAGCUCCUAAAUAAAAAUCAUUUGUUACUGAAAAUAAAGGGUUCAAAUCAUUUGAACCCAUACCUUCCCCUUUCGCCCUGAUUCCUCUUUGUACAAGGAUAUGGACCAAAAAUCAAUUUGCGAUGACUCCAACGUCACCCUUACCAUUAGACUGAUUAUGCAAGGAAAGGAGGUUGGCAGUAUAAUAGGAAAAAAAGGAGAAAUCGUUAAAAGGUUCAGAGAAGAGAGUGGCGCAAAAAUAAACAUAUCCGACGGGUCAUGUCCGGAGAGAAUUGUGACCGUUACAGGAUCAACAAGUGCAAUUUUCAAAGCUUUCACACUUAUUUGUAAAAAAUUCGAGGAGUGGUGUUCCCAGUUCCAGGAUAUAAACAGCGGAAGUAGCGGGGUGCCCAGGCCUCCCAUCACGCUGCGUCUCGUCGUGCCCGCCAGUCAGUGCGGCUCCCUCAUCGGCAAGGCUGGCUCCAAGAUCAAGGAGAUCAGGGAGGUGACCGGCGCCUCGAUACAGGUGGCGUCCGAGAUGCUGCCCAACUCGACGGAGCGGGCCGUCACCAUAUCUGGUACCGGGGAGGCGAUCACGCAGUGCAUUUACCACAUCUGUAAUGUCAUGCUCGAGUCCCCUCCCAAAGGAGCAACCAUCCCCUACCGCCCCAAACCCCAAGUGGGUGGCCCCGUCAUCCUGGCCGGCGGACAGGCCUAUACCAUCCAAGGCAACUACGCCGUUCCUGCCCACACAGACGUAAGUAGCUCAGUAAUGUCCCCCCUAUUUGCCCCCCCUUUGCCCCUCGGCCACCCGCUGGCUGCUGUGGCCCCGGCAGCCGCCCCAGCACAGCUCAUGUCGUUUGAGCCGCUCAAGAACGGACACUUGCAGGCUGCCCUACCGCCCGCGCAUCUCUUGCCAGAUGUCGCCAGUUUGGGUAAAAACCCCUUAGCCGGACUGGCCGCCCUCGGACUGGGAGGGCUGGCACCAUCGAGUGCGGGGGGUUUAAAUCCGGCAGCCCUGGCCGCCUUGGCCGGUUCGCAACUCAGAACCUCCAACUCCAGGAACCAACAGAACACAAACCAGCAGACACAUGAAAUGACCGUACCGAAUGAACUGAUCGGCUGCAUCAUCGGCAAGGGGGGCACCAAGAUCGCCGAGAUCAGGCAGAUCUCGGGGGCCAUGAUACGCAUAUCGAACUGUGACGACCGCGAGAGCGGAUCGUCGGAUCGCACGAUCACCAUCUCCGGGAAUCCCGAUGCCGUGGCCUUGGCACAGUAUCUCAUCAACAUGAGGAUAUCGAUGGAGACAGCUGGCCUGCCUCUGCCCGGAUACCACUACAUAGCCCCAAACCACAUUGUUAAGGCUCCGAUCCAUUGAGGUAGGCAAAGCCCCGUGGAUAGUUAGAAGCCCCCAUUCUCAAUGGUAUCUCAGAAUACCAUACUAAAAAAGGUCUGAUCUGUGAAAUUUAAAUAUUUGACAAUAUGUCGCUAAAUAAUUAUGACGAAAUAACAAAAAAAAAAACUAACAAGAUUGGUACUGGGGAUCAAGCCAAAGAAUUUUUAUUUUCAAUUUUUUAUAAAUACUAUAUUUAUAUAAUAUAUUUAGAUACAAUCAGAAAAUUUAAUGUAUUAUUUAUUAGAUGUUUUGCUAGUUAGUUCCAUUCAAAAAUGCAGACAGACUAGUAUUUUUACCAAUGAUUGGAUUGUUGUUGAUAACUAAAUGUUUUAAAAUUUGUACAUAAGUUUUAAGCGGUCCUGACAAUUGUCCUGUUGAAAAUGUUCGGAAUGAGAUUGGUGUUUCUGUUCAUUAAAUGUACAUAAAUAGGUAGCUAAAACUUUGCUCAAAAGCUAAAAUGUAAAUCAGCAUAUCUAAAACCGUUUACUUUUUUCAAAAAAUGUAGUUACCCAUCGUAGAACAGAAGCUUUUAAAGGGAAUUGAAAAGUCAAUAUUAAAAUACUUAAUUAAUAUUUUCACGUUCAUUAAAUUACACUUAAAAUAUAUAAUUUGCCAUCGAGCAUACAGGGUCGGGUAAAAGUGUCGGAACACCUAUAUACAGGGUGAACCGUAAGUUUGAUUAAAAACGCCUUUAACAGGAGUUUUUGGAGUGUUUUUUGUUCUUUUCAAUUACGUACUUUAAUUUCCAACAUCUACAUUAUUUGUACAGAUACGGCAUUGUCAGUUUUUUUAAAUGGACCGCCCUGUUUAUUUGAACAGUAUUAAAAAGGCAGAUUUUCACUGAUUACAAUCAUAUAGGUUUUGGUGGGUCUGCAAUCUAUUGUUUUUUUAAUGUUGAAUAAAACAAUAAAAUAAAGAGUUGUUUAUAUUUUUUUUGUCACGGCUACCUAACAAAGUAAUUGGGUUUGGUAAGAGUAAAAAUUUUAUUUAAUGAACGUAAAAUUUGUUAUUGCAAAAUAUGAAGCACCUGAAUAUUAAAAAAUUGGUGACCUUCGGCAGCCUGACAAUAUCCUACUCGUUCAACGAAAGCUUUUAAGGAAUUUUGAAUGCAUGCUGUGAUAUUUCUUGAACGGCCAUCCUAAUUAGAUCUUCCAACUCUUCUAACUGAGGUUUGGUCGUGUAGACAACAGAUUUUAAAUGACCCCAAAGGAAAUAGUCUAACGGACUUAAAUCUGGCGAUCACGGUGGCCAUUCAAUAUAUUCUCUUCGCCCUAUCCAUCUCUGUGGAAAUACAUUAUUUUGGUACCAACACACGUCAACUCUUUAAUGAGACGGAGCUCCAUCUUGUUGGUACCUAAUGUCAUUUGGGAGUAGUUCAAAAUUUGCUUUAUUUGAAAAUAAGGGAAUCAAUGCUGGAACUAUUUGCUAGCGCAAAAGUUGUAAAUAAGGGUUAGAGUUCAAAUUUUCUCUAACAAAGAAUGGGUCGAUGAUGUGUCCUCUGAUUAUGCCCAUCUAUACAUUUAAUUUCUGAGGAUAUUGAGUGCGAUUUUCUUCUAUCCAAUGUGGAUUUUGAUCACUCCAGUAAAGACGGUUAUGUCGAUUUAUAAAACUGUUAAAGCAGAAUGUCGAUUCAUUGGUGAAAAGUAUAUUAAUAUUCUAAAUGGUGUUCAUCAUUUCCUCACAGAAUUGCAUCCUUCUAUCAGGGUCAUCCUCAUUUAAUUCUUGUGCUAAAUGUACUUUAUAUGGAUGAAAUUUAUUUUUGGACAAUAUCCUGCUUACUGGUCUCGCUAAUAUUGUGGUAUAAGGCUACUUGAGGCACUGAAGUUUUUCGUUUUUCUUGUAUAUUGAGAAGAACAUCUAGUGACCUAUCUUCACUUGUAGCUGAUUUAUGUUUGCUGAAUUUUUUAAGAUUUUUAACACUUCCCGUUUGAUGAAACUUUUUCAUUAAAAAUAUUGCAUGCAUCUUGCAGAUAUCUCAUCCUGUCUCCAAAACCAACCAUCAAUGAUGAAAUUCUUUCACAUUCACUUAGUUCACCCAUAACUUGAAGUUUUAACAGCAAUCUUAAUAAGUAAUAACUGUAUUUCACUAUUGACUGCAUCUGACAGGAAUAGAUGAUUUAUUUCUUUUAAAAAAUUUGCAAAAAUGAUAGCAAACCAACCCGAUUACUUUUUUAUGUAGCCAUGACAAAAAAUAUAAACAUCUGUUUAUUUUAUAUCCAACAUUUGAAAAAAAAACAACUAGAAAGGUAGGUAAGUCCGCUACCGCGGACUUGACCUUUGCCUCGGGCCGCGCUGCGCGCGCCUCGAGCACCGCCCCGCGAUGCGUUCUCUGUGGGUUAGUAAAUAAAUAAUAUAUAAUAUUUUUCAAAAACCCUACCCACCAAACCCUAUAUCAUUGUAAUCGGUGAAAAUCUGUCUCUAAAAAUGUUAAAAUAAACAGGGCAGUCAAUUUAAAGAAACUGCCGACAACACCGUAUCUCUAAAAAUAAAGUAGAUAGAAUAUAAAUACUCUAAAAACUUUUGUUAAAGGUAUUUUUUAAUCAAACUUAUAGUUCACCCUGUACGCAGGUGUUCCGACACAUUUGCCCAACCCUGUAUAAAAUAUUAAGCAAUAAACCCAAUUUAUAAAAUUUCCUUAAAAUUCUAAAUUAUAAAAACGUGAUAAAUCUAGUUAGUAACCUGUUUGAUAAACGUGUCGUUGCUCAAGUAAAAAAGUGCAUUAUUUCUGUAAAAUAUAAAGUUCAGUUGCCAAAUCUUACAUUUCGACAAAAUAAAAAGAAUUAUUUACAACAGGACAAUACCGGAUGAAUCGUUUCUAUUGUUUUUGACUGUUAGACAGUUGUUUUCGAAACUCGUUUUUUAAUUUAAUAAUGCUUAUCGUAGAUUCAAUUAGAAUUUAAUUUGUGUACGUAAACAUAAGGAGUGAUAUGGGCACUUUGUGUUUUACAAGUUUGGGAUGCAACACGUUGAUUUGCAUUUUUUAAAUUGGGCUGUGGAACUUAAGAGUAUUUGUUGUAUUAGUGUAAUUUUUCUUCCAAAAAAAAAAUGACGACUUUUGUGCCAAAUUUUACUUCCUACCUUAACUAAAAUGCUCAUCACAUAGGCUGCACGCUAGAUAUUAUACUAAACUAAUUGUAAGUAAUCGUCUAUUAGGUCUAUGUAUUGGGCAGUUACCUACUAAAAUGCUCAUUUCACUCAUCUAUUCUAAUAAUUAACAAUGCAAUACAUUUGCAAUUAUUACAAAAGUCUAUUUGUCAAUAGCGGUAGGUGUACUGUGAUCACGUAAUGUAACAUUGCACUGUCGCAACAUGAUGUUAACAAUAAUGUAGGUUUAAUAGGGCUUAUGUUAGCAGUGAAAAUCCAGUACCACAAUCCCACAGAUCUCGUUCAAAAGGAUUUAAAUUGCAUCUAAUUUCAUUUAAAAAUGUUUGGGAGUUGAACGAUCUUUGACUGAUGGACUUAUCCUUAGGCACAAAUGUACAUGUUGCUUUUUUAGGAAAAGUAAAUAUUUUUAAUAUUGUGGGCUAUAUGUUCUGUCCAGCAUUGAACUACACCCGCAAUAUCGUAUAUGAUAUAGAAAAGCCGUGUAACUGUAAAAUAAAUCAAUAUAAAAAGCUGAGAAGGUUAAUAACGGCUUUUUUUUGGUAAGCAUUCAUUUUACAGUCUUUCGAAAUGCAUUUCUUUCCUAAUAUACGCCUUUGGCAUAAUGGCAGAUAUCUACUAAUUGCUAAGAAGGAGAAUCAUCGGACAUAGACCGGUAUUGAACUUAUUAGUUCUCAUCAGUAUGUCAUGGGUGAGAUAUAACCUAUAAAAUAUAGUCGUGUCAACUUUGUGUCAGUAGAUAUUGAGCAGUAGCAAUGACAUUUAAGAUAUCACAUAUUUUUUAGGCUAUAUCCUACCCAUACUAUAAUUCAGUACUGGGUGGGACGUGUAACCCACAGUAUUGUUUUCCAUCCAUAUCAUUGCUUAUAAAGAUUAUUUCAUCUAAUGCGAUAUUAAUUAUGUUUUCAUAAUACCUUCGUAUUGGUAGAUAGCUCUGUGCUCUAUAUUAAGUAGCAAUGACUUAAGAUAUGACACAUACUUUAUAGGUUAUAUUUCACAAAUUAUAAGAUUUACUUAAUAGAGCUCUAAUAGCACUAAUUCAUAUUUAUCCGUCAUGAAAACCUUUUUAAAUAUAAAUUGAUACAGUCCUUAUAAAAAAAUCAAAACAACUAUUACGAAAGAGGACGGAUAAUGUACACUGACGUUGAUGUAUCGAUAUGUCAAAUGUGCCACUUCUCAAGAAACAUGCAUCAUUAAAACAAGAUUAAACAAUGUGCCUUCUAAGUUAAAGUGCAUAUAUUUACAUGAUAUGCAAUAAAACAAACAAAUAAAAAAAAUUAAACAAAUUUUUCUUUCAUAAAAAUCACUAUAGCAUAUCCGACACUGACGUGCUAGAUUAACUAGAUUUAACUUUGUCCUUACACAUAUCACCUUUUCCUAGGUCAUUCAACUCUCAAGCAUUCUUUGACUACUUUUUAAUAAUUUUACAUUUAUGAAAGGCAUUAUUUUAUUUGAUAAUUUCUUACAGUAAAACUGUUACUCAAGUGAUAAUUUCUGUGAGGUUAUGGUAAAAUACUGUUUUGUAUACUACUCGUAUUUUAUUGUUGUACUUCACGGGAAAGAUGAAAACUUUGACACAACUACUGUGGUUUUCAUUAAAAUUAACAAACAUUGGCAUAAUCAUAUGACACGGAUUUCAAGUACAAAUUUUUUAUUUUGUUGUGUCGGUGUUUUUGGCUUUACAAGUACAUAUCAUAUAUUGAAGUUGUUUAUUACAUUAUGCUAAUGUAAAAAAAAAUAUUCUGGUUUUAUUUUUUAUUACUAUUAUUGCUUGUUAUGUAGUGGUAGUGAUAUUGUAAUCUAGUCCUCACUAACAAUUUAUCACAUUUAUUAUUAGUCUAGUCAUUUUUUUAAGCUCAAACAAUUCGGAUUUAAUCCCAGUAGGAAUUAUUAAGGAAAUUAUAAAUGUUGUUUGAGGUUAUGUAAUGUGGCUGUUGCGCGACGAACCUAGGACUGUGCGGUAAAAGACAAUUAUUUGGGAUUAAGUCCAGUGACUAGGCUACAUUACAUAAUUGAUGUUAUUUAUUAUUCGAUCUAAACGUUUGACUAUAAUAGGGACAAUCUCGUUAUCCCUUUGUGUUACUGACUGUUCAUAAUAUUAGGAUUACGGUAAUUAUAAUGUGCCAAUUUAUGGAUCAAGAUUUUUCCGGAUUCACUGAAAUGUACAAAAUUGCAAUUUCUAAAAUGUACUUAAUAUGGAAUGACCUGCUGAAUUGAGGAUUUCUAGCGCAUGUGUGAUGCCUGUGGCGUUUGAACUAGACUCGCUCUUUUUGCCCUUCUCGAUUUGGCCGAUGCCGUAUUUAAACAGAAGUAUUUGAAACUUUGAUUACGUUCAAUUCAAUUUUCCAAAAUUCAUAAGAAAAGUGCCAGUCUAGUGUCAGACUCAUUCUGUAUAAAAUUUUCAAUUUGUACAAAUCUAUACCAAGCAAAUCAAGAUGGAAUUUUUUUAAUGUAAACUAGUGGAAGUUGCUUGUACAAGGUUGUAAGAACGUGAUUCAAAAUUUUAAACAAUGCUAAUAUCAAUUUAAGUUUGUAGCGGUUUUAACGUUUUUUAACAUUCAUGUUUUCUCAGUGUAGCUUAACAUUUCAUUCGUUUUAACUGUGAAGUGAUAACGAUAUUUUGAGAAUUUUCUCCACAUUUAUGUGGACACUAUUAUUUUAGUAUUGUGGUGUUUUGAAAAAUUAAAAAGUUUAUGCAGCUCCUGUACUAGCAUGUCCGAAUUCCAUCUCGAAUUACUUCAACCACUAUAGCUCUCUACAGGGGGAGCGUUACACAAAUUCUAGACCUUAUAACUGCUUCUCUAGGGUAGACUUUAAAAUCUCAAUCAAUGCGAGGGGGUCGAUGUGCGAUUUCGGAUAGCCCUGCUCGCGUCUUAGCGGUGUAGUUGUUAGCAGGGGCCUUAUGUUUGGCUAUCUCAUAGUUGUCGUGUUGUGCCAGGCAAUCAACGGUUAGCUUUGUCUGUAGCGUAACGCUCAGUACUUAUGGUGCCAAAUGUGGUAGAUGUCGUUAAUAUUCGUAAUUCCACAAACUAAUAACUGUCGAGGUCGUGGCCAGUGUUGCUUGGAAUGGCUUCUAUUUGCAUUCAAAGGUAUUCGUGAAUUUAUUUAUUAUUUCCAUGUUUAAAGCAUGAUUCGUUCGGAAUAGCCGCAUAUUUUAUUUUAUAAAAGGGUGUAAUUCGAUGUUUAAUGAAGAGUAACAGCACUUUGAAAUAAUUAGGUGCCACUUUGCAUUUUGCCGCCUUGAAUUUGUACAUUUACACAAAUACUGCUCAGGGUGUACACCAAUCUGGCAAACGUGGAAUUGAAUGAAAUAUUUUAAUUAAAUAUACAGGGUGAUUCAGGUUUAAUCUGGAUAACUUCAGAAAUCGAUAGAACUGAUUAAGGUAAUGUUCAUUCAUGAUAUAAACUUAUUUCCUAAAGCGCAUCGUUUUGGAGAUAGAGGGCGUUGAAAUAUAAUUUUUUUCCCGCUUUUGAAAUCCGUGACGGUGUAGCAACCCAUGAAAAACAAAACUCACAAUGAUUUGUAUAAAGUGACGUUUGUGAAAAUCUUUGUUAAAAGUAUUAUUUCAAAAGUAUUUUUAGUACUAAAGGGAAAAAAAGAAUUUCUACUUCAACGCCCUCUAUCUCCGAAAUGACGCGAUUUAGGAAAUAACUAUAUCAUGCAUGAAUAUGAAUAUUAUUUUAGCCUGUUCUAUCGAUUCCUGAAGUUAUCCAGAUUAAACCUAAAUCACAAUGUAUACAGGUUGUACUGAAUUGUAUAAACCAAACCUGGUGAUAAAAUUCGGAAUAAGAAAAAUAUUCUUAUAUACAUGGGUCAGGACAUGCAUGAUACCCUAUUUUCUAUGAUACAACAUUUUUUACUCAUUUACGAGCAAUACUUAAAAAAAUUGAUUUUUUUUACACAAAAAUCUUUUCUAUUUUUUUAAUUUAAAUUACCAAUUUCUGGGUACAUAUGGUUUAAUUAAUUUAGAUGAUAAACAGAAUUUACAGUAUUUAUUAUUAGGAAAUAAUAAGAUGUUUGUAUCAAAUAAAAAAAAAACAGUAAAAUUUUACCAAAGCCCCAAGUGUCCUAAGUUCCCUUAAAUGAUUGAAGUUCAUACUAGUUAUAAUUUUUUCUUAGAAAGAAUAAAAACCUCUGUAAAUUUUCAUUUGUUUUGUGUUCAGACAUUUUGAAAUAUAUUAAAAAAAAAGUUUUCAAGAAUAAACACUGUAUCUUGGAAACUAAACACUGCCAAAUCCAUACGCUAAUAGAAUUUAACCAAAAAUUGCAUAUAAUAUCCUUUCGAAAAAAUUAUUUUUUAAAUUUUGGCUUAUUAAAAUAAAAUAAUGCCCUUGUCCUUUAAAUAAAAAUUCCACAAUAUAUUUAGAUGGACCUUAUUUGAUAUUCAAAUAAAUACAAUUUUAUUGGAUUUCUUUUUAAUAAAAAGGUUGGUGAAAACAAGACAAAAUUUUUCAAAUGAAAAAUGUGGAAAUUCAAUAAAAUUUUGAGUUAUAAUUUGGUAUAUGCCCUGCUAUGUUCACCUGAGUGUACAGGAUCUUAGUGGCAGGUGAAUAUUUUCAAUUAAGUAGUUGAAGUAAGAAAUUGACACGUUUUGUUUUCUGUGAUAAAACGACAUUGUGAUACGUUGCGACGCUUAAAAAUGGCCACGAGUAGAAGAAGCCGUUUAUUAAUUUGUGGAAUUAUUGACCAAAUACAUUUAUAAUUAAAAUGUAAUAUAAUAUUUUAAAUUUUUGUAUUUAGAAAUAUAUGUGACUGAUUUAUAACCAAAUAUUUUUGCAAUGUCAUCUAAUAUAGCUGAAAUUGCCUAUAAAGGUUUCAGCGCCCUGAAUUUCCAAUGUAAAAAUAUCACAAUCAGCUAAACGUGAGAGAUAUCAUUUAUAUAGCCUUUAUUAAAUACAGGGUCUUUAUUAAAAUAAGAGAUUGUAUUGUAAGUAGUUAACUUAAAGAGAAUUUUGUCUAAGACAUACAUAAAAAAUUAUGAGCAGUAUUGUUUUUGUGAGAUUAUAUAUUUAGUAAUAUAUGAUGCCAAAAUUUUCCGGAUUGCGUGUCCUUAGUGUCGCCAAAUACGUCAUUUUCUUUUCGAAGGCAUGAACCUUCCUAAACCAACCUUACCUUGUGGUAUUUAGCACUGUAAAACUAUGUAACAUAAAGAACCACUUGUAGUCCUCGACGCGAUUAUUUUUUCUGUUAUUCUUCAGUAUCGGCAUCAAAUUUCAGGGUAAUUGUUUUAGUAAUGCCAGAACAGCAGUUCGGCUGUAGAUUAUGUUAAAAUAGUCAAAUUGCGAAUAGGUUUAUAUAUCUAUAUGUAUGCUAUUUCUAGUGCUUUUGCUUCAAAGAUCACAACACGACUGUAAUUGUAUUUAGCGUAGAGGCACGCUGUUACUCCCAACCAAUUUUAUAUCUAGAAACACGUUACCAUAUCCCCGACAUAUCCCUCUUUGUUACAUUGUGGAUGGAGCCUACAAAUUUUUUGCUCAAUGAUUUCUCCCUCUCCAUAUCACCUAAAGAGUAACAGCUCAAUAAGAUAUUUUGAUAUACAAUUUAAUUAUAUUUUAUUGUAUUAUGAUCACGUUCAUGUAGUUUUUAAAUAUAUUAGGAAAUAAUUAUUGAGAAAGAAUGUGCAAGGCAUUAGCGAAAAAGACAGUUCUAGAUGAUGCACAUAUCUUAUUGUUCUUUCCAUAAUGCAAAAUGUUAGCUUAUUUACUUAUAAGAUGUUUUAUGUUUGUUUUUGGUUAAUAAAGUGUGAAUAUUAA